AUGGGGAGGGCGGCGGCGCGCGGAUCUCGACGGGGAAUAGCUGCAGAGGUUGCAGCUCUGGCCGAGCUAGGCCAUGGGGAGGGCGGCGGCUUGCGGAUCUCGGCGGGCGACGGGCGACGCGACGGCUGGGCGCGGGGGCUUCGUCCCUCGGGCUUCGAUCUGAUUACAGACGAGGAGAUCUUCGAGGACUACGAGGCGUCCGUGCCCUUCUACGGCGAUCUAGGGUUUUGCCCCGUCCCCUCCGCCUCCGCCGACGCCGGCGAUGCGGGGCCGCCGCGAUGGACGCGCUGUCCCUCAUCGACGUCUCCAGCGAGGAGGACGACUUCCUCCUGGACCUGGCCUCGCCGCCGCAGCACCCCGACCCGCCGCCGCCGCCCCGCCCCGCUCCAGCGGCUUCGGCGGUGGCCGCCGAUUCGGAGCAGCCCGCCGCCGGAUCUCCUCCUCCUCCUCCGGCGGGGCAGGCCAUGGACCCCGCGGAGCAGGCCCCAGAGCGGGCGCAGUCCCCGAAGAAGGCCGAGCCCAAGGGCGGCGUCAACCUCCGCAAGAGCCUCGCCUGGGACAAGGCCUUCUUCACCAGCGAAGGCUGGUCUGAGCAGGCGUUCUGGAUACCGAGGAAUUGGGCAUUGUGAACAGCACUUUCCGCAAGUCGCAUGGUUCAAGGCUACUGCGAGGAAUAGCAGAGGAACUGAGGAGGUCAACCGAGUCCACUACCUCAACGCUGGACAGCGAAAGCUUUGUGCUGGAAAUCCUUAAGACAGAGCUGUUUGACAAUGUCCGUGCUUCGAUUCAGAGAACACUUGGAAAACCUGAUAAAGCUCCAGGCGUGGCUUUUGCUAGCUCAAAGACCCCUAGGGCAACAGCAAAGGCACCUCCUGUCACAGUACUUGUUAAUGCUGCCUCAGAUAAGGUCUCCUGCUUCAACAAGCAAUGGGUCCGUUGGUGGUAGCAAGCAAAGGCCCCAUGUCACCCUGAAAGAGCCUGCAGCUGGAAGAGUGGUAUGUUACAUGCUUGUAAUUCCAGAAUAUCCAUGAACUUUCUGUAGUUUAGCUGUCUACCCCUAACUAGAGGUUUAGGAUUUGUGGGAUGCUUGCUACAUUCACGAGGAUGCUAUAAUUGUAGUGAACCAUUUCUUGCAUUUACCGAUAAUUAGCUUACUUGUGAAACCUUAUUGCGAAACUGCACAGAACUAAUUAAAAAAGCUCCAGUUAGAUAAUUUUGUUAUCUUUUAGGGGGAACAAAGCUGGCCACUUGCUUGUAUAAGGGCAACGGAACGGCAGGUGGGAAUUGACUGUUUAGUCGGUGCUACUGGCAUUGCUUGGUGGAAGGGCAUAUGUAAAAAAAUGUUUUCGCUUCUCCAACGUAUGGCGGAGGGCAUUUUGUAGAUAAGAUAUACCAGUAGCAAGUAAUUUGUGUUGUAGUCUUAA